ACAUUUACAUCUGAAAUCCUCACGCUUUCUUUCCCAGCUGAAUCACCACCAACACAUGCGUCAACACAAAAAUACACAACAAUGAUACAGUCUUCAACAGGUUCAGUUUUUGUCACAGCAACAAAUGAGCAAGAAAAAACUUCUCUUCCUCCAGUAACCACAACUGGGAUCUUCACAAGUCCCGUCCCAACCUCUGCUCAGUCACCAGCAGCAACAAUACCGAAGGCAACUUUGCCAGAAACAAUGGUAACUCAAUCACAGUCAGCUUCUCCUCCAUCAGGAAUCACUGUUGUAUCUCAAAAAAGUGCUGUAACAACUGAAUUGCCAGCCACAACACACAAUGAAGACACUUCACAGUCAUUAAUUACUUCCGUCCAUGUGCCAAUGACAAAUGUGCAAGAAUCAACUUUGUUUCCAUCAACAACCACAACUGUGUUCCUCACAAUUCCUGUGCAAUUAAGUACUGCUCAGUCACCAUCAACAACUCCUGAGGCAAAUAUGCCAGACACAACAACUUUGCCAAACACAAUGGUAACUCAAUCCCAGUCAACCUCUCUUCCAUCAACAAACACUGCGGAAUCCCUAAAAACUGAGGCAACUGAUUUACCAGCAACAACACAGGAAACAACGCAGGAGGAAACAAUGAUGCAGUCAUUAACUAAUUCAGUCAAUGUACCAACAACAAAACAAAUUUCGCUUCCUGGAAUAAGUACAGAUGGUUUUCUUACAAAUCCUGUAACAAUUGCCCCACAGUCACCAGAAACGAUACCUAUAACAACAUCUAAAUUACUCAAAAGCUCUUUUCAAUCUACAACUCAGUCACCAGGAACAUUACUUGAGACAAUGGUGUCAGCUACAGAUACAGCUAUUCACACAAACACUCCAUCUGAUGUCCCUACAUUUAUGCAACAAUUAACAUCCGUUCCAGGAACAAAUGUUCCUGAAACCCUGAACAAAACAUCGUCUACAGUACAAUUAACAACUACUAAAAAAAUCACUUCAGCUGCUUUCCCAACAACUAUGCAACAAUCAUCAAGUGCUUCUGAAUUUGUCUCACCAUCAACUGCAAUGGAUAUUACACUGCAAAAUUCAACCACAGGAAACAUUCUGAUAAGUACAGAUGAAAUUCUAACAACUACACAACAAUUAACAACUCCUCUAACCUUAUUUGAGACUACAGUCCCUGAAACAACAACAGUGCACUCAGUCAUAAGCAAGACAGAUGUUUCAGCAUCAUCCACACAAUCAUUUACAUCUCUUAAUACAGUCAUCUCAAAUAACCCUCAAACAAUGACUAAACAACAAUCAACCACAGGAACAACAACUGUACCUGAAUCCACUACAAGUUUUGUAAGCAGUAUCGCUAAAACUCUAAUUGUGUCAACUGUGGAACAAUCAGUGCCAACAGAUAGCCCAACCACAACAGCAACAACAAUAUAUGGGACGACAGCAACUACAGCAUCUACAGUACAAGUAACAGCAACUCAUAAAAACACUUCAACUGAUGUCUCUACAACUAUGAAACACUCAAUUUCCAUUUCAGGAGCAAGCACAACAAAAAGCACAAAUGCAAACCCAACAAGCACAUUUGUGACUACAGUGCCUGAAACGACAACAGUAUUUUCCAGAACAACAACUGUAGCUGAAUCAUCUACAGCACCAGCACUGUCUACCAGUGCCUCAACAUCACCAUUACCUGCUUCCACCAAUACAAGAACUACAACUACAUUCCCAACAUAUACAGGGUCUUCACCUACAACCACAGUAUUUCGCACUUUGUUUCCAUCAUUAAGUACACAACAGUCACUGACUAAUACAACCCAGACAUCUACAGACCUAGCAACUACAACAACCACCACAAGUCAAGCUUCAUCGACAACACUGAAGCAACUGAUCACUACUGCAAUGUUAAGAACUACUAUUAAAGCCACCAUAAAUCCACUGACCACAGCUACUGACACAACAGUUACUGCUCCAACUACCACUGUGUCUACUAAUCCACCAACAGAAAAAGAAGGAUACCUUUAUCUACAAUUCAGGAUGGUCCGAUUCUUUAUACCAGCAUAUGCCGAUCCAACGUCAAAUGAAUAUCAGAUGCUGACAACAAAUGUGACAACUGAGCUGAACAGAGGAUACAAAUUGAUGUUCCCUCUGAUUUACCAACGAAGCAGAAUCAUCAGCUUUUGGUCGGGCUCUGUUGGUGUAACGACUCAGCUGAUCUUUGUCAACCAGUCAGUGGUGCCCAACCUGACAGUAACAGAGGAUUCCCUACAGACAGCUGUAAAUGACUCCAUUGUCUUCUUAGAUAUCAUUCCAUCCAGUAUAAGGGCAGAACAGCCAAAUGUCACAGCAACAACCAUCAGUUCUGGAACAACAAACAUUACAACAACAACUACCACAACUACCACAACUACUACAACCACGAUGAAACAAACCACAAGAGCACCGACUAGUCAAACAUCUGCCCAGACUACGUCCAACAGUGCAACGGCAAGAAACCGACCCAAAGAUGUGGUCACACUUCUUCUCCCUCUCAUCCUCAUCUACUUCCUUCUAACAGAGCUAAGAGUAUAACACAAAUAAAUGCAUCUCUAAAUAAAACACCAGCAUUAAAAUCAGAAUAAAAUCUACUGUCAAAAAAGAUUUGUAUAAUAAAAUCACACUACCUACAGUAUAAUACUAGCAUGCUAUUAUAGCCAAAUUACAUGUUUACAAAACCAUUAAAUAUAUUAUCAUUGAAAAUCAGUUUUAUCAGUUCUGGUAAAUCACAAUCUAACAAUGUCACUGUCAUAUACUUGCACACAGUUAAUCUGUUAUGAAUUUUUUUAAUAUAUGUAAUGUAUGUCUAAUGUAAUUUCUUUUGUUCUGUAAUCACACAUUUUUUGCACUUUUAAAAUUCUAGAUUCUAUAUUCGAAAUUCUAAUAAUUUAUUUCUGUUUAAUGGAACUGGCUCCUGCCUCUUGCAUAAUAAUUUAUUUAUUAUAAUCAUAUAUAACCUUAUUUAACCUCUUUAAUCAGUAUACAUCUAUACAUGUUUUGCACAGAAUAAAUGAAAUAUAUGCAGAAAGUUUGUUUAUCAAUUUAUGUUAAAUAAAAAUAUUUUUAAGUGUUGUAAUGUGAUUUUGUGUGUGUAUGUCUGUGUUUUGCUGUGUUAUGAUUAAUUACAGGCUAUAAAUGAUAGCAAAGAACAUCUUGAUCAAAAUGUUAGAAGUUAGUUCAGUAAAACUAGUAUUAUAAAUUUAAGAAAUAAAUCUAAAAUAAUGUAUAAUGUAUAAAUAAUGCUUGUAGGUCUGCAUACAUGUCACCAUUUAGAAAGAUAUAUAUUUUGUGAAGGAUAUAUAUUUUAAUAUUUUGUGUUUUCAGUGUAUUUUAUAUAGA